AUGACAGAGCUGCAAAGUUUCUUCUCCUGCAUGGCGGUAGGUCUGUUUUUUGACACGAAUGGCUUCACAGUGGUGUCCCUGGAGGACAGCCAAGGCAUCCCCCAAGUGGAGCGGGACCUGUUGCAAGUGGAACAGUUGUCUCAAAAGCUCAAGGCCAGGACUGCGCGCAUUGACUCGGGCUCCCAGACGCUUGCAGCAACGCGCCUGUUGGCUCAGGAGGGUCUGAACUCUCGGAAGUUGACACGCGCACUGCAAACGUUUGAGCUGCGGCCCACAUACGAGGAUGUCCUGCCUGUGGAGUCCACCAGCGUCGAGGAAUAUCUUGAGCAGAUGCAUGAGAUGACUACCAUCACAGCCAUUCAGGAAGCGCAAAGGGAUACCAUCAGUGCAUUUGAGGAGUACAUGGACGCGUGCAUGACAGCAGACUGGGCGGCCGACAAGCGCGCAUUAUUCGAUGCCGCUCUGCCAGACACCGCCAUGCCCGGGCCUGCCAGUCAGCUGGCCGGAGGCGACCUGACCUCCUCAUUCACCAGCGCACAAUUCCGCUCACCCCUUGCGCCAGGGGGCAUGCUGGGUGCGUCCAGCAUUCCAAACGGAGCCGGAACGCUAUCAGGGCGGAUGAAGAGCUACUACGAGAUUGUGCGCAGCCUCAACAACGCCACCGCAGCACGACAGCCGUUCCAGGCCAUCCCUAGCUUUGCUGCAGCUGCUGCAAAGGACCCGGACGAUGGGGAGCGGCGGUCGACGAUGCGGAUGGUGUGGGAUGUGCUGGCGCGCAUCGCCAAGGCGGCUGAGGCAAGGACGGGGGCCGGGGCUGCGCGCACGCAGGCGCUGCUGCGCGGGGCCAGGAAUUACCUGGAAGAGGGCCACGUCACCUACUUGCAAAAUACCAUCCAGGCCAACCGCGCACAGGCUAGUCUCGGGGGUGCACCAACGCGGCAGAGCCAAGUGCAGGCGUUCCUGAGGGUGCGCGAGAAGGACGCAGGCCCGCUGGACUUUGACUCGCCGGGGGGCGCCGACACCACCUGGCACCGCAUCUACCUUUGCCUGCGGUCCGGCUUUCACAAGGAGGCUGUGGAGGAAGCGAAGGGGCUGAGAGAUGCAGGCUUGCUGAGAGGGGGCAGCUUUGGGGCAAUGUUGGGGGAGUGGGUGGCGGGAGAGGGGGGCCUGGCCCCCCAGUCGGGGCAGGCCAUGGCCAGCGAGGCGGAGCGGCUGCUGCGCUCUGCCGACCGCGGCGCGUGGCUGCGCUCCAGCUUCCGCUACAAGGCCGCCCUCUACGUCCUGCUCUCCGGCGACCGCCGCGUGGCCGAGCACCUGCUGCGGGAAGCGCCGGGGCUGCUGCAGACGAUUGAGGACUUCAUGUGGUUCAAGCUGGCGCUGGUGCGGCCCAGCCGCGGCGAGACCGCUACCUCCAGCGGCUACUUUGCAUCCGGGGCGGGCGAGUCGUGGGCGUACACGCUGUCAGACCUGCAGAGCUACCUGAGCCAGUUCCCAGCGGGCCACUACAGCCACGGCGGGCGAGAGCCGCUGCUGUACACGACGGUGCUGCUGCUGUCGCUGCAGUUCCGCGCGGCCGUUGCUUUCCUGGCGCAGGAUCCGUCCACGCGCAACUACCGCGUCGACGCCCCCCAUCUUGCCAUCGCGCUCACCCACCACCAGUUGAUUGACGCUGGAGGAGACGGGGAUGCUGGCCGCGCCAAGGGCCUGGACAUUGCCGCCCUCGUGCACCGCUACGGCAAAUCUUUCGUGCACUCCAGCCCAGACGUGGCCCUGGAGUACUACAUGCAGGCGGCAGGCAUCAGAGGGGACACGCUGGAGGUGAAGGGGCAGCUGCUGCGGGAGCUGCUGACAGAGUCCAACGCCUUCGGCUACCUCAUGGGCAGCGGCGGGCCCGGUGCAGAAGCAGGGGCAUUGGAGCGGUUUGUGGGCGACGCGCAGGAGAGGGAUGCGCUGGUGGCGGCAGUGGCGCGCGAGUGCGAGCGAGCCGCGCAGAUGGACUGGGCCGUUGAGCUGUACCUGUACGCUGGGGCUGCCAGGCCAGCCCUGUCCCUCAUCAACCAGCAGCUCUCCAACGCCCUGCAGCCGGCCCUCACGGACCCACGCAAAGAGGAGGAGGUGGAGCAGCUGAUAAGGAGGGGGGCGGACGCGGCGGCGCGGCUGGCAGCGGCCACGCAGGCGGACGACGAGGCCCAGAAAGGCACCUUCCACAUGCUCAAGCUCGUGCGCCAGCUGCUCAAAGCCGACAAGCGGGAGGACCAUGGGCGGGUGGUGCAGGUGCUGGGGCAGCUGGAGUUUGUGCCGCAGGACGCAUUCCGGCUGCAGCGCUGCGUGGAGCAGGCGGCCGCGCUGCCGCCGGCGCUGGCCGAGCGGCUGGAGGCCGUGCUGGCGGCAGGCGGCCGCGCGCUGUCGGCCACGCGGCAGGCCGGGCCGCUGCGCGUGCUCGCCUCAUUCGCCGGCAGCCUGCCUCAGCGCGUCUCCCAGCACACCUUCCACUCCCUCAACCGCCUCCAGAGCGCCGCCACCUGACCGCCCGCACUACACACAUGACAGCCAUGAGGAACAACAGACAGGAACACUUAAAGUGCCAUCUAGUGAGUCGGCAUGGCUCUGCCCCCCUGAAGGGCAAUGAAGGCCGCGCUGCUUGGAGUUGGUGGACAUGCUCAAUUUUUUCCGUGCGUCACCAUUGGCACUCAUUGGCAUUCUCAUGGAAGAAGCCUGUCGUGGCGGCGAUGAGCCUCCUUGGAACGUGAGAGAGGGGCGCUUUAGGUACCGGUUACUGUGACGGCAUUGCGCUGCCCCAUUGUCCAUGCUGCCCUGACGGCUGCGUGCCUUGCCGCUGCCUCGGCCAGCAGCUCCUGGCAAGCUACAGUGUGACAUGAAGGACCGCCGUGGUGACUAGUGACAGUAAUGUCAGUCGCAUAUGUCACGCUAUCUGCCGACAAAUUGCUUUCCAUUGUGCAUGUCAGAUUCCUUCGAGUGAUUUUGUACUGCACUGAGUGUGAAGUGUUGGACUUUUAAUUAAGGAUUGUCCGUGGCCA